CUUUCCUUCGCGCCAUAAAGAACCCUAAGCCGAACCCAUGUCGAUACCUCGGCCGAGUCCGACUCAGGAAGAGUGGGCCCAACACUCUGUGACUCAUCCGUGGAGAGUUAUUAUAAAAAACAGCCACGGUGAAAAGCUUGUGGGAAUAUUACAUGAUACAGGUUCAAAGGAGCUUGUUGUAUUGUGCCAUGGAUUGCAAUCCUCGAAGGAACGUAUUCCAAUGGUGAACCUUGCUGCUGCGCUAGAAAAAGAAGGAAUCAGUGCCUUCCGCUUUGACUUUGCUGGCAACGGGGAAAGUGAAGGUUCCUUCCAGUAUGGUAACUACCAUAGAGAAACUGAUGAUUUACGUGCAGUAAUUCAACACUUCCAUUGGGAGAAACGUGUAAUAACUGCAAUCGUUGGUCACAGUAAAGGGGGCAAUGUAGCGCUCUUGUAUGCUUCGAUGUUUAAUGACGUUUCAAAGGUUGUCAACAUUUCUGGCCGAUUUAAUCUGGAGAGAGGCAUUGAAGGUCGCUUGGGUAAAGAUUUUUUACAAAGAAUCAAGCAAAAUGGAUUUAUUGAUGUUAAGAAUAAAAGAGGUAAAGCAAUCAAAUGUGAUUGA